ACACUUUUGUUUGGCGUGCCAUAACUUUACGUACGUCAUACGUUGCGAAGCAGGAAAUUGAGUCUUUCUGAAAUUCUCACUGAAGAAAACCAAAUUACAUGGUGAAAAUGGUAAAGACAAAUUUAGUAUUUUCGACUGUUACAUUGAUCACAUUUCUUGGUCUUGCCAAAGGAACAAUAAUAUCUCCACCUGAUGGUCAAAAAUUUGUAUUUUUGCUUGGAUCUUCUCGCAAUAUAACUUGGACAUUAAAUAAUACUGGAAACUUUGCUUCUCGGAGUUGGACCUUUAGGACAUUUGACACUCCUUCUUUAGAAGCUCAACCAAUUGUAACAAUAACUGAUGAUGAAGAACCAGAUUAUCGUACAUCAGUCCUUAAGUCUUUUGGUUUAGAUGUUGAAGUUUUUAAACCUGCAACUCUAAUGUUAAAAAAGGUUAAUCAAAGUUACAUUGGUGUUUAUAAAUUUUCUAUCGACGCUCCUGAUCCCUUUGGCUCAUCUGUAAACGUGUCUAUUGCAAUUAAACCAACAGUGUCGAUUAACUGUUCAUCUCCUCUGUUUGUGAAUGAAAGUAAUGAUGUGUCAUGUGUAUGUAAAGGUGAAGGAGGUAACCCUCCUGCUAAUGUCACAUGGUUUGAUAAAGAUGACACAACAGUUCGUGGAUUUGGAGUUGAAAGUGCGACUUUAGUAAUCACUGGUGCCUCACCAAAUGAUCGUGGAAGUUACAGGUGUAAAGCUGAAAGUUUUAAUGAUCCACGUUUCAUUGACGAAAGAUCCAUUGAAAUAAUAGUAAAUUUCAAACCAACAGUGUCGAUUGGCUGUUCAUCUCCUCUGUUUGUGAAUGAAAGUGAUGGUGUGUCAUGUGUAUGUAGAGGUGAAGGAGGUAACCCUCCUGCUAGUGUCACAUGGUUUGAUAAAGAUAACAACAUAAUUGGUGAUGUUGGAGUUGUAAGUAAGACAUUAGUAAUCACUAAUGCAUCACCAAAUGAUCGUGGAAAUUACACAUGUAAAGCUGAAAGUUUUAAUGAUCCACGUUUCAUUGACGAAAAAUCCAUUGAAAUAAGAGUGAAUUAUAAACCAAGAAAUACGGACAUAAUCCUAUCAAAAAGUAAUCCACAAAUUGGUGAAAAUGUGACUAAAACCUGCGUAUCAGAUGGUUUUCCUCUGCCAACCUUCAUUAUUCAUCGUAAUAAUGAUUUUUUCAGCAAUGGAACGACGUACACCAUUCAAUCUGUCAACAUCGGUCACAAGGGUGAAUAUCAUUGUAUAGCAAUGAAUAAACUGGGAAAUGAUUCAUCUCCUUUAAAAAAACUCGAUGUUCUCACUGAUAGUAACGAAGGUAAAAUUAAGAACCUCAGUUUAUCACUUGUUGGACUUUUAUUUUGCAUUAUGUACGAACUUUCUUGGUAGCAAAUGGUGAAAGACCGAUUUCUAUCUUAUUAUAAUUAGCAUUAGACUUCUUGAAUGUACUUGAAUACCCUUAUAACAAUAAAAUUUCAGUAAACAACGAAGAUUGCUCUGAUUACAUAACUUUUUACUGGCUCGUAAGGUAAACAAAGACUGGCAAUGUCUGCAUGCUGCAUUAACCAUAACAUUUUUUUCUAAGUAUAUAUAUUCUUCAAUGACUAUCAGUAAAAAUAUGUUCAACUUAUUUGUAUUCCCCAGUAUAAUCAUUAAAGUGUUUAUAAACGUAA